AUGAGCAAGAGUGAAGUUGAGUCCGACGGCAACAUUGUCACGGGUACUUUCCUUGUAAACUCUAAACCUGCUUUUGUACUCUUUGAUUCUGGAGCUUCACAUUCCUUUUUAUCUAAAUCUUUUAUCGAAAAACAUUCCCUUAAACCUUCUUCCUCAUGUCAAGCUAAGGUAACCACACCCUCAGGUGAAACCUUUCUCAGUAAGAACCUUUACUUAGGUAUGCCUAUUGUCAUCUCUGAAACCGAACUACUCGUGGACCUUAUCGAGUUUAAUUUAAAAGACUUCGAUUUGGUUUUGGGAAUGGAUUGGUUAAGGAAGUAUCAGGACACGAGCAUGAAAGAGGACGAGUUAGGAGAGAUACCUGUAGUUAAGGAGUUUGUUGAUGUAUUCUCAGAUGAGAUUCCAGAGAUGCCACCUGUGAGAGAGUUAGACUUCAAGAUUGACUUAGUUCCGGGAACAUGA